UGAAAUGAAACAAAAAGAAAACAAAAAAACAUCGUAAAAAUUGCGGCAGUGCCAAACAAUUCGUCAGCAGGUUCAGUUUAUGCUGCGGCUCAUCUUUUGUUUAUUUCACCUCGUACGCAUCACAGCCACGCGAUAAUAGCAGUCAGAUGACGCACCAAACGUAUUUUUCUUUUUUGUAUUUAAUAAUUUUUUAUGCUUAUUUUGUAGUUUCACAAGCCCCUUUGUAAACAGAAAAGCCCCGCCACUCAUCUAAUCCGUUUCAAUUCUGGGUUGUUCCGGUAGUUGCUAGGCGACCAGGAUACUCGGGUUUUUUUUUUGUAAACGACCACUCCGUCGUCGCCCUGGUCGAAGAAUUUUGAAGACCAAAGAUGCCCGCGAGUGACCUUUUGGCGAAGGAGGAGAAAUACAAGCUGCUAAAUGCAAAGCUGGAGGCCAAAGCGGCAAAUCUGGUCAUGCAAGCAGAUCAACUAAAGAAAGACCGGGAUGAUUUUCUGUCCAAGCCUUCAAGUACGCUCCCGCUCAAGGAUUUGGAGGAUGAAAAAGCACCAAGUAACGGCAAGGAUAGAGAAACACCUGUGCCGAAGCCUCGCAAGGUGGAGCUCAAAAAGUCACAAAAGUCAGAAGAGUCCCAUUCGAACCCAGCUGUUUGCGGGGAUGCUUUAGGAGCGGCGGGAGAUUCAGCUGAGUCCUUCGUGGCGAAGACGAUACAAAACGUGGAGGACAGGAUGAACCGUUUGGUCCCUUAUGACGUUUUUAGCGACGGAGACAAUGAAGGGACGGGUGUUUCAUGUGCACAAAUUCAUGCCCUGAUGGCCAACAUCAAGAUGAUGCAAGAAGAAAUUGAUCAGCUUCUGAGCGAAAGAAAAAAUAAGGAUGAUGAAAACAUCAAGCUGAACACCAAAGUCAAGCAGCUGGAGGAGGAUCGGAUGAAGCUCCAGAGGACCGUCAACAUCCAGCAGACAAAGAUGGACAAGCUCAAAGCUUCCGAAAGCGAGGCCGCCGUCAAAUGCGACAGCCUUCAGCUGCAAGUAUCUGCUUUGCACAAGGAAAUGGAGAAGCUGAACAAAUCCAGCAAGCAAGGAGCAGUUGCGCACAACACUGUGGAGCUUCGUCUGUCCAGAGCUCUGGAUGAGGUGGAACGCUUAAAGUCGGAACUCACCAAAACCAAACAGAUGAGCAAGGACAAGUCCAGUGAAGAACAGCAGACUCGAGAGAAUCUACUGGCAGAAAACAAACUGCUCAAAAAGCAGAAAGGGGAGCUCAUAGUCGGGUUGAAGAAGCAGCUCAAGCUGAUCGACGUUCUCAAGAGACAAAAGAUGCAUCUUGAAGCUGCCAAGCUGCUGUCUUUCACGGAGGACGAGUUCAUGAAGGCCCUCGACUGGGGCAAAACAUAGUUUGAACCAUGAACUGGCUCUGUACAGUCAGACUGGAUUUUGUAAAUGUAUAUGAUGUCCUUUCUUUACACACAUUGAAUGUUACCUAAUAAAAAAUGACUUCAC